AUGGCCGAUGUUGCGGCAGUACCGGCGCCGGGCGCUGCACCGGCCGAAGACGAUGAAACAUGGCUUUAUGGUGAUGAAAACAAAGAGCAGAAGGAUCCAGAGAAAGAUGGCCAGAAAAAGAAAAAGAAAGGUGACGGAGAUGGGUCUGAGAAACCAGAAGACAAGGAAGAAGGGGAGAUGAGUGGGGAGGAAGAUGCUCAGGCAAAGAAUGAUGAUGACGAUUCAGAUGAUGACGACAAUGUCCAAGUCACCAUUGGCGACAUCAAACAGUGGACUGUCACAGAAACUCCCAGGAACCUGUUUAAGAGUGCCACUGGCUACCAAAAGCCAGCAGCAGGAGUGGCAGCAGCACAGAAGACAGUGGUGCCAGGAAAAGGGAUGGACCUUGAAGCCCAGGGCACUGUCAAUGGAGUGCCUACAUUUGAGUUCGACAUUGACAAUCUCUCAGCUGAAGACAAACCCUGGAGAAAUCCUGGGGCUGACAUCACUGACUACUUCAACUAUGGCUUCAACGAGGACACCUGGCUGCAGUACUGUGAGAAACAGCGACGACUACGUCUGGAGAAUGGAGUGCCCCUCCUUGGCAACAAGUCACAGUCCAGGGACAGUCACUCUCACCACUCUCACAUUGGUUCUGGUCAACCCAUCAGUCGUCUCGGGGACAAGGACUCUGGACAGACUGGAUCCAGCAUACCUACUACAAGUUCAAUAAGGAAAGCUCAGCCACCGCCAAAUAGAAAAUUGGGAGGUACCAUUGAUGUGAUUGGCAGCACAGUCCAUGAUUCUCGACGCCCAGGUCAAGGGUCAACAUCCAGUUCCAUACCUGUCACAGGGGUCACUCCGGACUAUCGAAAGUUCCAGCCACCAUCAGUACCUCCACCAGGGAUGCCGCCCAUGAUGCCUGACUACUCCAUGCCCCCACCAGGGAUGCCCCCACCCCUCGGGCUGCCUCCACCAGGAGUGCCUCCACCACCAGGUGUUGCUGUACCUCUCCCGACACCAUAUGGCUCAGAGCAGUACGAUCCCUUCAGCCACCCCCCUCCUGGUUUCAACUACGAGAGCAACACCUUCACUCCAAAUUACACGGAAGGACAUCACCAGAACUUCCAAAGCUACGACGAUCGAUGGAAGUACAGUUCUGACCGACACACACGAGAUCGGAGUCCAGACCAAGAGUUUGGAAGCAGGGACAAUUAUUGGCGAGACCGGGAACGUGACCGAGAGAGAGACCGCAGUGACAGGGAUCGGGAACGGGAUCGGGACCCUUAUCGUGAAAGAGACAGGGGUAGGGACCGGGGAAAGAGAACGAGACAGAGACCGAGACAAAAGAAGGUCAAGGUCAACUGAUAGAGAUGAUUCUCGUCAUAGAGAUGAUAAGCACAGAACACGAAGAAAGCAUCGAGAUGAUGAGGACGACCACCAUCGAUCCAAACACAGGAAGAGCAAGAAGCGAAGAGACAAGGAUGAGGAAGGGGGAGACUCGGUCACUACAGCUGAUGAAGGGGAUAAAGGGGAGUGAACUCCUCUCACA